AUGCGAACGGCUACCUUGCCAGCUAACUAUGAUCAUUCAGGGGCUAGCAAUGGGAGAGAUCAUUUGGGUGACCACUCUCCUCCACCACAGCCAGGCCUUAUGCGCGGAAGAACGUUUGAAUCGGCCUUCCAGAACUUGUCUCUCGAACAGUCGCAUCGUCGUGCUCAAUGGCAGAGUCACCUUGGCUGGGACGAUGUGCCCAAAGUUAAUGAGUCAAGGAGGCACUCUCUCGCUGAUAUUCCGACGCGCAGAGGGUCUCUCGCCGCCGGAGAGCCUAGCCAUCUCAGCAGGGCCUUUACGCAUGAUGAUAUCGAAGAAGAGCAAACUCACUAUCACCCCAACUUCGCACUCGACAGAACACGCGAUACAGCCAACGACACCAUGCGCGCUCAAGAGUCCGGCGCCGCGAACAUCAUUCCUUUGAUGUACCGCGUGCCACACGUCCAGCUCACCGACAAUGAACAGAGCGAGAUUGACGCUCGUCGGGGUGGCGCUCAGGCUGCGGUCGCGAACGUCCAGUGGGGACCUGGUGGCACCGGCCGCCCUCGCAAGCAGCUCUACGUUGUGAGCUUCAAGUGCUCUCGCGUCGACGUUUUCUACCUCCUGGACAACACUGGCCUGCACAUUCGCGAGGGCGACAUGGUCAUUGUCGAAGCCGACCGCGGCCAGGAUCUCGGCACCGUCCAGCACGCCAAGGUGACGCCUGACGCCGCGCGUCUCCUCAAGAAGAAGUACUCUGAGGAGCAAUACAAGUGGUUGAUGAUGUACUCUCGUAAUAAGGAUGGCGGAUUCAACCCAAACGCGCAGUUCCAUGGCGAGAGCGGCGGCACGUCCAACAACCUCUUCCCUGACGCGCCACCAACCAUGCAGGGCAGCAUUCCACGCGACAACUAUAACAAUCUGAAGCCAAAGGCGAUCAAGCGUCUUGCCAACGACCACGAGAUUAAGAUGCUCGCAGAGAAGGAGGGCAACGAGGCCAAGGCGAAGCGCACUUGCCAGCAGAAGGUGGCUCAUCUCCGUCUUCAGAUGGAGAUUCUCGACGCCGAGUGGCAGUGGGAUUUCCAGAAGCUCAUCUUCUACUACUACGCGGAUCACUACAUCAACUUCAAGGAUCUCAUUACGGAGCUCUACCGCAUCUACAAGACGCGCAUUUGGCUCUCCGCCAUCAAUCCAGCCUCCUUCUCGCAACACGCCAUGGGACAGCCACCAACUGGCAUCGGUCCAGGUGCUGUCGGUCCCUAUAACCCAUACGCCGUCAACAACAACUACACGAUGGCCUACGGUGAGGAUCGUGACCCAUACGGCGCUCAAAUGCCAUACCGCAUUCCAUACGACACGUACAACCCGAACUACCCAGCCAUUCCAGGCGUGGCCAACAGCUUCGCGCCGUCAUUUGGUGGUCAGAACUUCAUGUUCUACGGUCAGGGUGGACCACAAGCUCAGGAGGUCGCUGAGGCUCCAACUCCAACGACUGAGCCAAACCCACCAACUCCGCUCACCGGCGCGAUGACCGACUACAACUUCUUCUACGAUCGCACCGGCAACAACGAGCACCAUGCUCUUGACCGCAUGCAUCCAGAGCUGGCGCUGAGGCAGUCUUUGGCGAACAAUGGACAAGCGGUCGAUCGCAUGAACUCGACGUUCGGCCUCCUCUCCAUGGGCGACAACAGCUGGAACACGCGUUAUGGCGCUGCGAACAAUGGGAACAUGGGCCAGCAGGCUCCCAUCGGCACUGCUCGUCCAACUUCUCAAGGCAACAACGACUAUGGCGUUCCAACCGACGAGCAGCGCCAGCACGCCAACCUCGACUUCCGCACCACCCAGUUCCGCAAUCUCGACCCCGAGCAGCGCGUCUACACCCGCCAGAGCGUCCUCAACGACUCUGCCAACCCUAACAGCGAAGGCAGCCGUUCCGCGGACCUCAUGCUCGACCGUCUCCGCCGCAUGGAUGGCGGCAAGGCUGAGCAAGUCGCCUCGCGCGUGCAGAACGUUGACCGUUACCUCGCCACUCUGCCCACCCCAGAGAGCCUGUUGGAGGAGCAGUGA